AACCUGUACCAGAACCGGUUUCUGGGCCUGGCUGCCAUGGCCUCUCCAUCUCGGAGCUCCCAGAACCGGCGUCGGUGCAAGGACGGGGCGCGUUUCAGUUACGCGGCCGAACCAUUCCCACCCAACCAUGCGCUGGACGCGUUGGCCCUGCCACGGUCCACCAGCGACCCGGACCUGGUGUCGUCUCACAGCCGCUCCACCCUCACCGUCAGCACCUCCCUCUACUGCAUUGGCCAGUCACAGAACAUCCUCAUCUGCUGGGACAUCAAAGAGGAAGUGGAUGCUGGAGACUGGAUCGGCAUGUACCUGAUUGAUGAGGUUCUUUCAGAGAACUUUCUGGACUACAAGAACCGUGGGGUAAAUGGAUCCCAUAAAGGGCAGAUCGUUUGGAAGAUCGAUGCCAGCUCAUACUUUGUGGAGUCUGAGACCAAGAUUUGUUUCAAGUAUUACCAUGGCGUGAGUGGAGCACUGAGAGCCACCACACCCUGUGUGACAGUGAAGAACACUUCUGCCACCGUGUUGAAGCCCGUGGUGAGUCAGGAGGUCACUCAGAGUCUGGGGAACAGGCGACUCAUCAGCUUCUCCCUGUCAGAUAUCCAGGCAGUGGGGCUGAAGAAAGGAAUGUUCUUCAACCCUGAUCCAUACUUGAAGAUCGCCAUCCAGCCUGGAAAGCACAGCAUCUUCCCUGCUCUCCCCCACCACGGCCAAGAGAAGAGAUCUAGCAUCAUCUGCAACACCAUCAACCCUGUCUGGAAGAGAGAGAGGUUUAACUUUGUGUCCCUGCCCACGGAUGUUUUGGAGAUUGAGGUGAAAGACAAGUUUGCCAAGAGCAGGCCCAUCAUCAAACGCUUUCUGGGCAAGCUGUGUGUGCCUGUGCAGAGAUUGCUGGAGAAGCAUGCUAUCGGCGAUCGUGUGGUGAGCUACGCUCUGGGCCGCAGGCUGCCAACAGAUCAUGUCAGUGGACAGCUGCAGUUUCGAUUCGAGAUAACAUCCUCUAUUCAUCCAGAUGAUGAGGAAGUGUCUGCCAAUGUAGAGUCAGACUGCAUAGUGGCCCCUGAGCAGCAGGUGGUGGAGGAGCAGAACAUUGAACCAGCGACAGCAGUGACUUCUGACUUGGCUGCUGAGGAUAUGUUGAGCAUGGGGCCAGAUGGACCCGAGCACCCUGAGGACAUUUGUCCGGAUGUGGAGGCACAGAAUUCUUUGUCUGUUGCUUCCUCUGCCAAGCCUAGUAGCCCUCCCUCUGCUGAUGUUCAGUCUGGGGUGGAGGAACCAGAGGAUGUUAGAGAGGCAGAGGUGGCACCAGAGGAGGAAGAGAGCAGAGUAUGUGAGGAGGUGUCCAACACAAUUCAGCAACUGGCAGCAGAUCAAGAACAAAACCUUGAGGAACCAGCUGAGGAGCUGGGAGAGGUGCAGCAGGAAGGAGUAGAUGUUCUGGAGGCUCAUAAGGAUGAACCUGCUGAUAAUUUAUGCACAGCAGAAGAAGAAACUGUUGGGGAGGUGGGAGAAGCCCCAGAGGUGGAAGGAGCUGCAGGCCCAGAACAGACAGGAGUGAGAGAAGAAGGAGACAGCGAUAGUGCAGGAGAACCAUGUUCUCCAAGGAUGAGAGCCAUGCUGAAGCGCAAGGCCAUGAAGCGUCGGCCUUGCUCCUUACCUGUGUCUGAGCUCGAGACGGUUAUUGCAUCGGCUUGCGCUGAGCCUGAGACACCACGGUCACACUACAUCCGCAUCCACCACCUCCUGCAUAGCCUGCCUUCUGCCCAGCAGCGCUACCACAGCCAGGAUGACGAAGAGGCACUCGAUCUGGAAACUUCUGAGGAGGUCACCCUGAAAACUGCAGCCGACAAAGACGAGGAGCUGGAGGAGAACGGAGAAGGAGUUUCUGAGGCUCAGUCUCCAUCCAUAGUGCAAGAAUGCCCUGGACCAUGUUGUCGAAGGACUUUGCCCCGUAGUCUCUCUAUUGAGCGGUUAUCUGAGCUCAACCAGCUGCUGGAUGGCGAGAGCCCCUCACCUCCCACCCCACGACGCCCAGACAGUGAGGAUGGGGAAAUGGAUAGUGGCAGAGGGGGUCUAAGAGGCCCAAGAGAGAGUGAGUGCGAACUGUGUGACACCUCGUGUUACAGCACCUCCUGUUACAGCACGUCCUGCUACAGCACGUCCUGUUACAGCAACUCGGGCAACGAAGGCCGCAAUCGUUUCUGCAGCCACACACGUCUCUCAUCCGUGGACAGCACACGCCUGUCGGAGAGCACUGUCUUCUCCUCGCAGGAGGAAGAGGAGGAGGAGGAGAACAGUGCAUUUGAGUCGGCACCAGACUCACAGAGCCCGGAGGUGAGGGAGCCAGGUGACGGAUCACCCCGCUGGAGCGAGGACCAGGCUGAAGAGGGUCGCCGGAGCAGAGAGCAGGGGGAUCAGUCUCCAGUGGCCGGACCCAGCGUCAGGGCUCCAGGCACUAGCCACUUGCCAUGCAGUCAUCAUUCAGUCAGACAGCUUCCUGCUUUGCAAGCCAACCCCAGCCAUUACCCAAAUGUUGAUGAAUCAUUGCCACCAAACUGGGAGGCGAGGAUAGACAGUCAUGGCCGUGUGUUCUACGUGGACCAUGUGAACCGCACCACCACGUGGCAACGGCCCAGCCAUGCAGCGAAAUGCCCUGGCAUGCACAGAUCCAGCUCCAUCCAGCAGAUGGAGCAACUCAACAGAAGGUAUCAGAACGUCCAGAGGACCAUAGCCACCGAUGAAGACUCCGGUGGACGAAGGCUGGAGGGCAGCGGCAGCACAGAGACAGAGAGUGACCUCCCGCCGCAGCCAACUGAUUUGAGGAGAGAAGGCUCUUCCUCUCCAUUGAGCAGUCAGAAGGUCACCCUGCUGCUGCAAUGUCCAGCGGUCAAAUUUGUCACUCACCCUGAAUUCUUCACCGUCCUCCACGCCAACUAUGGGGCAUACCGUAUGUUUACCAACAGCACCUGCCUAAAGCACAUGAUUCUGAAAAUCCGACGAGACGCGCGCAACUUUGAGCGAUACCAGCAUAACCGCGACCUCGUCACUUUCCUCAAUAAGUUUGCGGACACUCAGCUGGAGCUACCCCGGGGCUGGGAGAUCAAAACAGAUCCACAGGGAAAGUCAUUCUUUGUGGACCACAACAGUCGUGCCACCACCUUUAUCGAUCCCAGAAUUCCCUUUCAGAAUGGGCGGCUGCCCAACCACCUCACACACAGGCAACAUCUACAGAGACUGCGCAGCUACAGUGCUGGAGAGGCAUCAGAUGUGUCCCGCAGCAGAGGAGCAUCUCUCAUGGCCAGGCCUGGGAACAGCCUAGUAGCAGCCAUCAGGAGCCAAUACCAGCAUGACUCAGUGCCCUUAGCGUAUAAUGAAAAAAUUGUGGCUUUCCUUCGCCAGCCAAACAUCCUGGAAAUGUUGCAGGAAAGACAACCUAGUUUGGCCCGUAAUCACACACUCAGGGAGAAGAUCCAUUACAUCAGAACUGAGGGGCCACAAGGUGUGGAGAAGCUGUCUUGCGACGCAGACGUGGUUAUGUUGUUAAGCUUGUUUGAAGAGGAGAUCAUGUCAUACAUCCCCACUCACCCUUUCCACCCAAGCCUCAACUUCUCCCCACGGUGCUCUCCUGGAUCCUCACCACAGAACUCACCAGGGCUGCAGAGAGCCAGAGCGCCUGCACCAUACCGCAGAGACUUUGAGGCCAAACUGCGCAAUUUUUACAGGAAGCUCGAAGCCAAGGGCUAUGGCCAGGGGCCGGGAAAAAUCAAGUUGAUCAUCAGAAGAGAACAUCUGCUGGAAGGCACUUUCAACCAGGUGAUGGCCUACUCGCGCAAAGAGCUCCAGCGGAACAAGCUCUACAUUACAUUUGUGGGAGAAGAAGGCCUGGACUACAGUGGGCCUUCGCGGGAGUUCUUCUUCUUGCUGUCUCAGGAGCUGUUUAACCCUUACUACGGCCUGUUUGAAUACUCAGCCAAUGACACCUACACUGUUCAGAUUAGCCCCAUGUCUGCCUUUGUAGAGAACCAUUUAGAAUGGUUCCGUUUUAGUGGGCGUAUUCUGGGUCUGGCACUGAUUCAUCAGUAUCUGCUGGAUGCUUUCUUCACUCGGCCAUUCUACAAAGCCCUGCUUCGACUGGCGACUGAUCUGAGUGAUUUAGAGUAUCUGGAUGAGGAGUUCCACCAGAGCCUCCAGUGGAUGAAGGACAAUGACAUCACUGACAUUCUUGACCUGACCUUCACUGUUAAUGAGGAGGUCUUUGGACAGGUAACAGAGAGGGAGCUAAAGUCAGGUGGAUCCAACAUUCAGGUGACUGAGAAGAAUAAGAAGGAGUACAUUGAGCGAAUGGCCAAGUGGAGGGUGGAAAGAGGGGUGGUGCAACAGACAGAAGCAUUGGUUCGGGGUUUCUACGAGGUGGUUGACUCACGUCUGGUGUCAGUUUUUGAUGCUCGGGAGCUAGAGCUGGUCAUUGCAGGGACAGCAGAGAUCGAUCUGAAUGACUGGAGGUCCAAUACAGAGUACAGAGGAGGCUACCAUGAUGGACACAUAGUGAUCCGGUGGUUCUGGGGGGCUGUGGAGCGCUUUAAUAACGAGCAGAGGCUGAGGCUGCUGCAGUUUGUGACGGGCACGUCCAGCGUGCCAUAUGAGGGCUUCGCAGCUUUACGUGGAAGCAAUGGCCUGCGUCGGUUCUGCAUUGAGAAAUGGGGGAAGAUCACCUCUCUACCCAGGGCUCACACAUGCUUUAACCGCCUGGAUUUGCCUCCAUACCCUUCAUACAUCAUGCUGUAUGAGAAGUUACUGAUCGCUGUGGAGGAGACCAGCACUUUUGGUCUGGAGUAAAGAAAUUCUGGGACACCCAAGACUGUUUUUGUUUUUUUUAAACUUGUAAUUUAAUUUUCAGUGAUCCUAUCCUCUCAAGAGACUACUGUUUUUAUCUAAAUGCAUCUGAGAAUUCAUCUGAGAGUAUGUGAAGUUUUGUUUAAGAUGACUUGAAAUUGCAUGAAACAGCUAAUAGUUAUAUUGUACAUAUUGUACUACUAUAGGGUUGGGGAAGGGAAAAACUAAGAUGUGUAGUGUAAAACUGCGUCCAGCCUACCGUGUUUCAGCUCACUGACUGUUCCCUUGCUACUGUUCAUCCUCUGUGCCAUGUUACCAAUGAGGCAUUGCUCAUUUUCCUGAUGCGCUGUCAUUAUGCAUGGGGGACAAAUCCCACGUGGCAUAAAGUUCACCUGUGACCUGCAGUUUAAUAAGAAGGACAUGUUAGUUUUAUUGCCAAAGCCCUGUGAACAUUCAUUCUUAUAGUUUGCUCUUUUCUGAAUAUUGAGUGUAAAAUAUCACCAAUGGCCAACGGUGGAGUUAAAGCAAAUACUUUGAUGUGCCUCACUGAAAUUAUGGGUACAAAUUGUCAUAUAGAAGUGUCUUGUAAGUGCUGUACCCACAGUCACUGUGACCCUAAUGAUAAUCAGAGCUCAAUGGUUGAUCGCAUUGAGUAAUAAAACCUAUGCUAGCAGGUGUUUUUCCACCUCACAGUCAAAAACAAGAACUGACUCAAAUGGGGACCAACAGAAUUUGUGGUUUUAGUUUUAGUUCAUUUUCCACCUGUAAAAGACAGCAGGAACUGUCAUAAUAACCACUCUAAAGUGUCUAAUUUGGAUAAUUAGCUACCUUGUUUGCUAGUUAGCUUAACUUAUUGGCUGCUAUGAAAUGAUAUACUGUACUGUUCACUCAGAUUCUGUAAAUCUACUUUUACAGAAUUGUAUGCAGAAUCAGGCAGUAGAAAAAAUAAAAGCAAAACCUCAUUUGGCUGCUAGCACAAAUGCGAAUAUAAUUAGCGUUAGCUUCUUAGCUUAUAUCUCCAAAUUCUUUCCAAAAUAAUAAUUCUAAAAGUAGCAAUUGACACACCAUUCUAGUUUCUAUUCUUGUGCACUUAUUGGUCACGUAAUAGUGCUUGGUGACUUUUUCUUUACCUGGAGGAGUAAAGAAUUUGCUAAACUGCUGCUGGAUUCAGCUUCAUGUGUUACCAAACACAGAGGAGAACACUCUCGAGUACCAUUAGGUCCUGUUGGUACCAAUAUUCAUAUACGAAAAACCAUAAAACUGGAACUUUCAGUAGACUACAGGACCAAAGGCCAAUGGAAAAAACAGUCAAGUUUCUGGUGCAAAAGGUUCUGGUACUUGGUGCAGUGGAACAACACCCUAACUAGUCACAUUUACUCAGUUACUCAAGUACGCAAGUAAAAUUUUGACUGAUUUCUACUUUCAAAUGAUAAAACUUUUACAUUUGCUCGAGGUAACAGUGUUUUCACUUGAGUGUGGGUUUAGGCUACUCUACAUCUGUAUGUUAUACACUCAUUAAACAGUUUAAUCAGUUGGAUAACAUCCACACAGGUGUAAACACUACAGAACAGAAAUGAUGAAGUGCAGCCUCCUGAUUCUCUGCUGCCUCUGUGUUCUAGUAGAGAGCAUGCAGAGAGUCUGUUGAGCCAGGUGAUGUAAGCGAAUUUACGGUACACUCAGAUUAGCAGCUCAAAUGCUAAUCUCCUCACAAUGCUCUGUAGACAGAGCCUGUUUCCAGCUCCAAAAUAACACUAGUUGUUUUCACAGCAGCUGUUUUGAGAGAUCAGGGAUGCCCAUCAGAAAAUGCACAGUGGAAGGCAUGAUGUUAAGCUACAGUUCAUACCCUCAAUUCUGUACCCAAUCAGAUAACUGCAUCUUUCCCAACUUCUUUUCCUUCUUGAAACUGAUGCCAAUGCACUGAAGAUCACUAUAAUUCGACUUUAGACAUUGUACAUUCAUAUUUAUUUGAAGCAAUAUACGUUAUUGAUACCACAGAAACAUCCAUAUUACUCGCUGCAGAGGCUGAAAACUAGGCAAUUAUCAUUUGCGAUAUGACCCUGACACUAAUCAAGCCUCUCCUAUUUAUCUGUAAGUAUGUAUGCCUAAUACAGAUAUUAAUGUAAUUAUUUUUGUAGGUCACAUAUGUUUUAUAUGGUUUAUUGGAAGGCUACUGUAAUGUGUUGAUUGAUUUCUUUAACUGAGUGAUUCUUUUUAUUUGUAUUGACAUGGUUAGAAUGCCUGACUAUGAUGUGGUGUUUAUCAUCAUUUAUAAUGAUAUUUUCUAUGAUUUGGAAAUGCCUUGUUUGUGUACACAGUUAUUUGUAUACACAGUAACGUUGUUGUUAUUUUGAAGAGGCCAUUAAUGGAGAAAACACACAAUAUUAAUACUGUUAUACCUAUUGCCUAUGUCAGUUUUUCCUAACUCCAGUCCUGUAGGCCAGGCUCAUACUGUGCAAAGUCAGAGUUUUGUCUGCACCCGAGUCAUAGGAUUAGCUUAUUGUAACUGUAUAACGCUGGUGGACUACAGAUCUGAGGUUGGGAAACGCUGAUCCAAUCCUGUAAUGCACUGAAUUAUUUCAAUAUGUAAACACACUGAACUACCCAAACUGUAUUCAAGUGAGAUCUUUAUAAAUGAACUUUUACCAGCUUGCUUAUGCUUAUUCUGUGUUCACAAGCAGUUUGUUUCACUCUGUGUCCUUGAUUUGGUUGGUGUGAUUGUGGUUUCUUAUAAUGUGCUUUGCACUGACGCUGUCCAGACCUGGAUUAUCUUUCAGCUUCCACAUGUUAGAAUGAACAGUGGACCGCGUCAUGUAAAGAAUAUUUCCCCAAUUUCUAUUCCAUUCCAUCUUUAGCUUGUAUCGCAGUGUGAUAGAAAGAAUGAAGUGCAUUUAGAUGUGAGCAUGUUUGAAUCACAUGAGGAAUCAGGUUUAAAGGCCAGUUUAGCAUCUGAUGCACCAUAACACUGUGCUUAACUUUGAAUUAUGUCACUUUAGUUAAUUUGCAGUUCCAGCUUUUUACUACUUUAUAUGAGUUAAAGAUUAUAUGUUUGCUAAAAAUGUUUCUUAAAUUAUUUUUAAAAGUCCCCUUAGGCCUGGUACUCCAAUACACAUGUGCCACUAAUUUCAUGCUGUUUGCUCUUUUUGUUUUUGUCCUCCUCAGA